AUGCCGGGAAGAACGGGCCGCGAUCCUGACGGCUGUGCGCCUGCGCCGGCUCCUUGCGUCUGCGCGCUGGCGCCCAUCUGCCACCGGGGCCUGACGUCACGGGGCGGCCGCCCCUUUCUCCGGGUCUCCGGGGCCGCCUCCUGGGGCGUCGUCGACCCGGCCGGCCGCUUCUCGGUGACGCUCGGCUUCCUGGGAUGGACUCCCGAGCUCUGCCCCUCGGGAACGCCCCCGGUUGCAGGCCGUUCCAGGGGCCGUCCGGGACGGCUCCAGCGCCACCUCCUGAGCGGCGAGUUCGACCAGCUGCGGGACUUCCCCAUCUUUGAGAGCAACUUCGUGCAGGUGACCCGGUCAGGAGAAGUCGCCAACAAGGUCACCAUGGGGGUGGCAGCCUCCAGUCCAGCGCUGGAACUUCCAGACCUGUUGUUGCUGGCGGGUCCUUCCAAGGAGAACGGACACCUGCAGCUCUUUGGGCUGUUCCCCUUACAGUUCGUCCGGCUCUCCAUCCACAACGAGAGCCGCCGGCAGCUCAAGGUCAAGUUCAGCACCGGCCGCACCUUCUACCUGCAGCUGCGGCCCCGGCCCGAGACCGGCGACCGCGAGUUCGGCCAGUGGGUGCGGCUGCUCUACCGCCUGCGCUUCCACGCGGCCCACGAGGCCGUGCCCUUCACGCAGGCGCCGGAGGACGACGACGACUGCGAGGACGAGGCGGGCGCGGGCUGGGGGGGGCGGCAGUACAAGUCCCUCCCGGACCCCAAACUGCAGAUGCAUUAA